AUGGACUUCGUGAAUUGGAACUACAAGACUUUGGAGGACAUGAACAAGGCCCUUGAGAAGGCCUGGGAGGAACUCAAGGCAGCAGCACCUGACCGGGAGUGCGACUGUCGAGCUCUGCAGACCAGCGAUUUUGGAAUGUUGCUCGGCGAUCGAUUUGCAAAGACAGGGGCUGCGGCCGACAUCGACGAAGCCAUACGUUUUGGAAGACGCGCACUUGCUGAAACGUCAGGCCCGGAGGAUCGCAUCAAGCCCGACAAGCCAGGAAUAUUGAACAAGCUCGCCAUGUUGCUCGUGGACAAAUCCAACAGCAUUGGUGGGGCGGAUGAGCUUAAUGAAGCUAUCGGGCUUCACAAACAGGCGUGCCAGAUAGCUCAAUUCUUUGGAUCAAAAGGGCUGCCUGAUCCAAAUUGGAGCAUGUACUCGGCCAAAUUUGCCCUCGCUCUUUGGAUUCGACACAAGCGGACAGGCGAGCCAACCGACCUCGAUGACGCUAUCACGCUUGGGCGGUAUGUAGCUGCCACAGCGGAGAAAGACCAUCCAAACCGCGCAGAAUGGGUGGUCGACUUUGGGAUCGCCCUCGUCAGACGACACUCGAUCACAAAAAGGAAGGCCGAUCUUGAAGAAGGCUGCAAAGCUCAACGAGAGGCACUUGCAUCCAUGGAAGAAGACUAUGAUGCCAAGGCGGGCUUGUUGACCAGGAUCGGGACCGCACUUCGGUCUCUCUAUCGGGAGACGAACGCAAUCAAUUAUCUCGAAAAGGCUAUCAAAGUUAAUUGGGACGCACUUAUGUUGACUUCAAGGGAUGGCGAUGAUAGAGCAGACCUGUUGAACGACCUUGGCCUCUGCAUGGCGGACAAAUACGAGAGGACAAAGUUGAUGGCUGAUCUGAGAGAAGCGGUAUCUAUGGAGAGAAAAGCCCUUGCCCUUACACCGAGCAACAGCCCAGAGCGCCCGACACGGCUUGAUGACCUUGGGAGUGCUCUGAGGCUUCAAUUCUUCCAGACGAGAGAAAUGAACGAUCUCGGAGAAGCCAUCAAUGCCCACAGACGGGCAGUUGCCGCAGAACCAACAGACGGCCCUGAGUUCGCCACUUUUCUGAACAAUCUGGCAGAUGCGCUCUCCGAGCGGCAAGCAGUCGAUGCGACACCAGAGAGUGAUUCGGACAGAACAUGCUGGUUGCGCGAUCUCGGCAUUGCUCUCGAUGUCAGGUACUCGACCGUGGGAGCCAUGGAUGAUCGAGAGGGAGCACUCGCGUGGCAUCUUUCCGCUCUGCAUCGCCCGAAUUCACCUGUCACGCAGAGGAUCCUGGCUGGUAUCCCCAUUGUCGCGAUAAGCACGGAUAAUCAACAGGUUUACGAAGCUGCGAAGGCUAUCGUGGACCUUGUCCCUGCCCUGAUUUCCAAGUCCCUCAGCGUUGACGAUCAAGAAUGGGUCCUUGGCCCAGUCGUGGGCCUCGCAUCUGACGCUGCUGCCGCGGCUUUGCAAGUGGGCAAGCCACCGAUGGCCGCAUUGAGCCUGUUGGAGAAAGGCCGCUCUAUCAUCACAGCUAUUGUCGAUGAUACCCCGACUGGUUUGGCAGACCUGCGUCGCGGAUAUCCUCGUCAAGCUAAGAGGUUUCUUCGACUCCGGGGCGAACUACAACGGUGCUCAAAUCCAGGGACACCUCUUGAGCAACAUGACGUUGUGAGGAAGAAAUUCGACCAUCUUCUCAGCGAGAUUCGUACUAUUCCUGAGUUCACAGACUUUCUCCUUCCUCCGGGAGAGGCUGAGAUGCGUGAGGCUGCACAACAUGGUCCGAUAGUUGUGAUCAAUGUCAGCCGCAUCCGAUGCGAUGCUUUCCUUAUAGAGCGUCGCCAGGUGCGAGUUGUGGAAUUGCCCGGCCUUUCCAGAGCAGAAAUCGCAAGGCGUCAAAGGCAAACGAUCCUGAGCGCCCGUGUGAACCUCGAGUGGCUUUGGGAUACUGUUGCUAGCCCUGUCCUGAAUGCCCUGGGGUUGACUGGCCCCCCUUCCGACGGCGAUUGGCGUCGUGUAUGGUGGAUUCCAACUGGGGUAUUGAGCAGCUUCCCCAUCCACGCAGCGGGAUAUCACGGUGAUGGUUCCGACAAUACAGUCAUUGACCGAGUCAUGUCAUCGUAUGCAUGCUCUGUCAAAUCGAUCAUCAGCAUCAGACGUAAACCGUCACGGUGGUCAGGCACUGGGGUCCUUGUUGGGAUGGGAGACACGCCGGAUUAUAGCCCACUCCCGCACGCAGCUCAAGAAGUGGCAGAACUACACACUCUCUUCCAAGAUUUGUCGCUUCGUCCUGUUCAGCCUGAGCCGAAUAGGAAAGCUGUCAUGUCACAGUUGAAGGGCUGUAGUGUGUUUCACUUUGCUGGCCAUGGAUUCACCGACAUUGCGCCAUCCGACAGCCAGCUGCUGUUGAGAGAUUGGAAAGAAGAUCCUCUACGCGUGGUGGACCUGGCCCAACCCGACACCGAUGGAAGGUACCCGUUUCUUGCUUACCUGUCGGCCUCUGGCGUGACCAGGCAUGAAAGCUCCCAUCAUGAGACCUUUCAAUUGAUCAGCUCGUGCCAGCUCGCAGGAUUCCGUCAUGUCAUUGGCACGCUGUGGAAGGUCAAUGGGAGGAUGCGCGUUGAUGUGGCGAGGCUGGUAUACGAGAAUAUUAGAGUCGGGGCCGUGACGGACGAGGCCGUGUGCCGAGCCUUACAUGCCGCCACUCGCCAGCACCGGACCGACUGGCUCGAAGCCGAAUUAUUGGAGGAGGGAACGCCGGCUACAACAAAUGAUGGGGGGUCUUCGGCCGGCCAACAGGAAGCGUCAUAUAUCGACGAGUGCCACGAUCCUCAGCCACUUGCUGGCAACGGAGGCCAAUACUGGCUUGAAAGGCCACCACUGUGGGCUUCUUUUGUUCAUUUCGGAGCGUGA